CGACGGCAUCCACAAAUAGUAGCGAGCAACUCGUCUCGGUUCGGAGCGUCAGGACAUUCUCGCACCACCACGCCUUCAAAGCGCGAAAGCAUCCCCGGCGACUUUCACAACAAGACGUGCUAGCCCAGCGACAAGACUGUCCCUCCGAGCAAUUCUACAGUCUUCAGCAUGUCCCAAAAUCGCCCGACAGCGGCGUUCAAUACGCUCCGUAUGGGAGAAAUCGUGCGAGAGAAAGUGCAGGAUGGAAUCACCGGAGAGACUAGAGAGCUCCAGUAUACCAAUUGCAAGAUUGUCGGCAACGGCUCCUUUGGUGUAGUGUUCCAGACCAAGCUGUCUCCUUCGGGAGAAGAUGCAGCCAUCAAGCGUGUUCUUCAGGACAAGAGAUUCAAGAACCGUGAGCUUCAGAUCAUGCGCAUCGUUCGGCACCCGAACAUUGUACAGCUGAAGGCAUUCUAUUACAGCAAUGGCGAACGGAAGGACGAAGUCUACCUCAACUUGGUGCAAGAAUUUGUGCCUGAGACUGUCUACCGAGCUUCUCGUUUCUUCAACAAGAUGAAGACGACCAUGCCCAUCCUGGAGGUCAAGCUCUACAUCUACCAGCUCUUCCGCGCCCUCGCAUACAUCCACUCACAAGGAAUUUGCCAUCGCGACAUCAAGCCACAAAACCUUCUCCUUGACCCAAACAGUGGCAUACUCAAGCUGUGCGACUUUGGAAGCGCCAAAAUCCUUGUCGAGAAUGAGCCAAAUGUCUCGUACAUCUGCUCCAGAUAUUAUCGUGCUCCAGAACUCAUCUUUGGUGCGACAAACUACACUACCAAGAUUGACGUAUGGUCCACUGGCUGUGUCAUGGCAGAGCUCAUGCUUGGACAGCCCCUUUUCCCUGGUGAAUCAGGCAUUGACCAGUUGGUGGAGAUCAUCAAAGUGCUUGGAACACCAACUAGGGACCAGAUCCGCACAAUGAACCCCAACUACAUGGAGCACAAGUUCCCACAAAUCAAGCCCCAUCCCUUCAGCAAGGUCUUCCGCAGGGCAGACGCCAAUGCGUUGGAUCUUAUCGGGCGGCUUCUCGAGUAUACUCCCACAGAGCGCCUGAGCGCGAUUGACGCGAUGGUCCAUCCCUUCUUCGAUGAGCUGCGGGAUCCGGGAACCAAGCUCCCAGACUCCCGCCACUCAACGGGCAAUCUUCGAGAUCUACCCAGCCUCUUUGACUUCUCCAAGCACGAACUCUCCAUAGCGCCACAGCUGAACCACAAGCUCGUCCCAGCUCACAUGAAGCCCGUUCUCCUCUCCAGGGGGCUCGACAUCGACAACUUCACACCACUGGCCAAGUCAGAAAUGAUGGCCAAGCUGGAUUGAUGCAAAAACAUGAGCCCCAGUACCGCCCGUUGCUUGCCGACACCUCGGACCUUCUGAGCACAAUGGCAAUGACUCAACGGA